AUAAUAAUCAGAGCCACUCAAGCUCCAGGAGGAGAGGCCAUGCAAAUAAUCUCCUGGGUCCUCUCUCAUUUUUUUCAUUAAUUCUUGAUUUCUUUUCCUGUGCUUUUUUUUUUUUUUUUUUUAAUUCUUCUCCAAAAUGUGAUCUUGGGUUCAACUUGGUUUUCUCUCUUGAACUCUACCAAUCCUCAUACAUCUUUUUCAUUUCAUGCACCUCAUGCUCUUCCCUUGGUUUUGUUAAUGGUACACAGAAAAUCCCAAUUGCUGUAACAUCAUCACACCAUGCACAGAAUUUGAUCAGGGACUUGAAAGGGACAUAAACAAUAAAAGAAAAAAAAUGGGAGAGUCGCCGGAGAAGAAAUCAGGCUGUGGCAUAUUGAGUGCUGUUUUUGGGAGAAAUAGUUUUUGGCCAAGAAGAACAACUUCUACAGGUUCUCUUCCUGUGGCCAAUAAUAACAAUGCCACAUUUGUCAAAACACCAAGCACUCCAAAUUCGAAACGGCGGCGUGGUGGCUCUGAUGAGGCUUCCUUCCUUGAUUCAUCAGCCAAUCCAUCAGAUGCUCCUCCAUCAAAACCUAUCACAAAGCCUUCCCAAUAUAGUAACAGGGCACCUCCUAUACAACAACAGCAACAGCAACAGCUGCAGCAAAAUAUUCAGGGUAGAAAUGGUAGGCCACCUCAAGAAGCAGCAGCACAAGCAGGUCCAAUGGUUUCCUCAUCAGCCCCAAGCAAAAUGGCCCCAAGCCAAGGUUAUGUGAACCACGGCAAAAGGGUGCCAAAGGAGGCAGUUGGUAUAUCUGGUGAGCUUGAUAGCAUGAUUGCUGAUCAUCAAAAAUCAAAAGGGAGCAAUACACUUGUAAGGGCUUCCUCCAGCAAUGUCAUGCUUUUUGGCAAUUUGGGUAAUUUGAGACAACCUGGUGGAGGUGGUGGAAAUGCAAACUCAAAUAAUGUUCUUGAUUAUCUUCCAAAGACAGCAAGAGAAGAAAUCCCUAUGAUGAGUAAUGUAAAUGUGGGAAAGAUGAGUGCUGCUAAAGAAGAGAAGAAACAGAGUGUCACAGAACCGCCUGCUUCCUUAUGCCGGGCAUUGUCGACUAGAAUGGACCCCGAAACUUUGAAGAUCAUGGGCAAUGAAGAUUACAAGAAUGGGAGGUUUGCAGAGGCUUUGGCUUUAUAUGAUGCUGCAAUUUCUAUUGACCCCAAUAAGGCUUCUUAUAGGAGCAACAAGAGUGCUGCAUUAACCGCUCUAGGUCAACUUCUCGAGGCAGUUUUUGAGUGCAGGGAAGCCAUUCGGAUUGAGCCCCAGUAUCACAGGGCUCAUCAUCGUCUGGCAACAUUAUAUUUUAGGUUAGGGGAAGCAGAUAAAGCUUUGUAUCACUACAAACAUUCUGGACCAGAGGCUGAUCAAGAGGACCUUGCUAAAGUAAAAUCUCUUCAGGCCCUUCUGAACAAGUGCACUGAGGCUCGUAGGUUAAGAGAUUGGAACACCCUCAUAAAGGCAUCUGAAAACGUUAUAUUAGCUGGUGCAGAUUCAGCACCACAGAUAUAUGCUUUGCAAGCUGAGGCCUUACUGAAGCUCAAUAGGCACCAAGAAGCAGAUGAAGCACUAUCCAGGGGUCCAAAUUUUGAAGUAGAUGCCUGCUCUAAAUUUUUCGGUCCUAUUGGUAAUGCGAACUUGUUAACAACACGGGCUCAGGUGGAUAUGGUUGCUGGGAGAUUGGAUGAUGCAUUGGAGGCAGCUCAACGAGCAUCCCGUCUUGACUCAAACAACAGGGAAGCAAACAUGGUGGCGAGGAAGGCUCGAGCUGUUACGGUAUCUCGAUCAAAAGGCAAUGAGCUUUUCAAGACAGCAAGAUUCUCAGAGGCAUGCGUUGCCUAUGGGGAGGGACUUGAGCACGACCCUUAUAAUUCGGUGUUGUUAUGCAACCGUGGUGCUUGUCGGUCAAAACUUGGUCAAUUAGAUAAAGCAAUUGAGGACUGUACAGCUGCCCUCAAUGUGCGCCCAUCUUACUGCAAGGCUAGAUUAAGAAGAGCAGAUUGCAAUGCCAAGUUGGAAAAAUGGGAAGCUUCAAUACAAGACUACGAGAUUUUGCUUAAGGAAACACCCGGGGACGAGGAGGUAAGCUGCGCUUUGUCUGAAGCCCGGCAACAGCUCAAGAAACUGCGAGGUGAGGCAUAGCCAGAGAGACCUUAGAGAUGGAGAAUGGAAACAAGCCAAUGCAGUAUAAUUAGGAGGCUGUUAGGAAAGAAGCUGCCCUUCCGCAAUUGUAUGGCUCUUGGAGCUCAAGAGGAGAAACACAAAAGUUCAAGUUGGAGAGGCAAAAGUAGAUGAUUUUUCAAAGAGGGGAUUGAAGGUGGCAACUGAUAUAACGUAACACAAAUACAUGACCCAAAUACAUGACCCAAUUUUUCUUUUUUAUGUAAAGUUGUAUUUGUGCAAUUCCUUCUGGGAAAUGUAUUUGAUACUGCUUAUAAAAAAAAUGUUAAAAUAUAUUUGGAACAAAUCUUGAAUUCUUCGUUUCUGAAAGCCGCACAUGUUUUUCGACCCUGUGCUAUAUUUAGGGAUUUAAGUGCUUCACUGUCAUGCAAUGGUUGUUCAUCGGAGCUAUAAAUCCUAUAAUUUUCCAUCUUCGAAAUGUUGAGUCUGAAUGAACUUGGGGCAAUUUCAAAGGCCACAUCUGGUGGCAUACAUGUACGCAUCACCUGCAAUGUAACCUUUUAAACCCAAUUAAUU